AUGUCGGUCUUCGAGCCACUGACGUUGCCUGCGGAGCUGAAGCUUGAGAUCCGCCAAUUGGCCGAGGAGCUCGAGUUGAAGGUGGCUGCGGAUCCCGGGCAGGAGGCCCCGGACCUUGGCAGCUCCGAGCCCUUACGCCUGGCGCCGCAGGUGCACAUUCGAAGCACCUACCGGUCAGAAGCUCGAGAAAAGCUGAGGAUCCAAGCUGUCUCGCCAGCUCGAUCGCCCUGGGAUGAACGCUAUGCUCCCUCUGACCUUCUCGAUGAUCCAGGAAGAGAGCAGGUCUUGCAGAAGGAGCAAAGCGACCGAGAGGAGUGGUACAACGAUCGCCUCAGCGAGCGGGAACGCUUGCCCAUCUACGAGGCCAAGGACCGAGUGCUUUCGGCCAUUCGCCGCAGCCGUGUGACCCUUGUGGCGGCAGACACGGGGUCAGGGAAAUCCACCCAAGUACCACAGUUCAUCUUGGACGAGGCCAUCUCUGAAGGCCGUGGUCGAGAUGUGCACGUGGUUUGCACACAGCCGAGACGCUUGGCCGCAGUCUCCUUGGCCUCGAGGGUCUCCUGGGAACGCGGUGAGCGCAGCGACGGGCACGGCUCCACGGGCCAUGUGGUCCGAUGGGAAGAGCGUCCCCCCCAGGCCCUGGGGAUCUAUUUGCUUUUGUACAGUGGGUUCCCUCCUGCCGCGACUCUCCCGAUUGGGAGCCUCGCACAUCAUCGUGGAUGA